CUCGUUUAUAGAUUCAACCAUAUCUGAAGAUUACUACCUUACUGUUGGAUCCUAUGUUCGAUAUGCCGUCCGCCUUGACGCUCAAUUCUGCCGACAACUUGGCACUCCCAGCAGCCCUAGCCGCAGGGCUGGGGAAGCUGGAGGCCUCUCAUCUCGAAACCGCAUCACGCAUUCUGAGCAUUAUCUCACGAUACAAGCUCUCAAAGGAUGCAUUACUCUCGGAAACCAAUGAUGGGAUCAAUUUUCUAUCCCAGAUUUGCUCCAAAGUCUCGGCUAAUGAGACCAUUCUCAUGUGCCUUCCCGCGUUCCCUUUCAAAUCGCCAAAUACAAUCACGAAGGUCCUUGGCCGUCUCCCCGACAAGGCAGAAGAGUUUGCGCUUGCACAUCUGAACGGGCUAUGUGCCGCUAUAGGAGAUGUCUAUGCACCUGGCGCAAGAUUAAUGAUUGUCUCGGAUGGGCUUGUGUAUAACGAUCUUCUAGGGGUUCCGGAUAAGGAUGUCUGGGCAUAUGGCGAAGCUCUUCGAGCGUUGACGGCAAGAAAGGACUUUGGUCACAUCGAAUUUUGCCGACUCAAGGACAUAGUUAACAUUGACGUACCUAAUGAACUAGACGAGAUUAGAUACGUCGCAAAUGCUACUAAUUUUCGCUAUGCUCUAUUGAAACAAUUUAGUAAACCUGGGUUCAACGUCUCACUCAGGAUAUCGGAGGAUGAAGACACCUGCUUAACAUAUAGGGGCUAUAUCAAGUUCCUAGAGACCGACCUUCAAAAUGUGUAUCCGAUAGGCGAAGGGCGAAGCAAAUCAAAAUACAAGAGGGGGAUUGAAUACGUUGCCAAGCAGAUGCUCAUGAGAGGUGAUGCGUUCGCGAGAGCAGUCCGAGAAAUGUUUCCCGAUAGACUAAGACUGUCUAUCCAUGCCUCGACAGGCCGAAACAAGCUCUCCGUCAACUUACUGCCGACCGACACGCUAUUUACAACCCCCUGGCAUUGUAGCAUCGCAUUCCGACUCGACGGCACUACAACCACCGGUCAUCGGUCUGAGUUUGAAGCCGACGACACUCUCGAACUCGUCUACGAGGACGGCAGGCCAAGUUACUUUCGAGAAAAGAGUGAUUUGUUGACAUGGGCAACCGAAAAGGGGGGCAUCACCUGCGAGCCUCUAUAUCCCGCUGGCCUCAUAAUUCGCCCGGCAACAGGCCCAGGUGCCCUAUCCAUACGUGACGUAGAUGCUGCCAAAGUCCGCGCACUAUCGCAGAUCAACUCUCCCGUCGUGUUAAGGGGCUUCUCGCAGACGAGGAAUCGCGACUUAUUCGUCGAUAAAGCUAGAGAAUUCGGAACGCCGAUGCCGUGGAAGUUCGGCCUCGUUCUAGAGGUCAAGGAUCGCGGUAUUGACACGCGCGGUUUGAAUAAUGUGCUUUCGGCUGAGUGGAUGCCGUUUCAUUACGAUGGACUGUUCAAGACGGAGAAAAGGGUGAAAGAUGAUGGAAGCGAAGAGUUGGUCUCCACACCACCGCUAUUUCAAUUCUUCACUGCCGUCACUGAAUCCCCGGAGAACACAGGCUUCACCCUCUUCUCAUCGUCGACGCUGCUGUUCAAAUACCUCCCCUCCCACCUCCACCUCUCCUUUUUGCGCCCCCUGACGUGGUCCGUGUCCACGUCCUCCUUCAACUCCACAGUCCUCCGCGGCCUACCCCUAGUCGUCGACCACCCGACCACAGGUCGCCCUUGCCUACGCUUCCAUGAGCCCUGGCAGCAAUCUAAGACGCGCUUCGACGCUACGCAUGUAAAUAUCGAUAACGCGGACGCCUACGAUCUCGAUAGUACGGAUGUGUGUGAUGCGUUGACGGCCUUGCUGCAUGAUCGCCGCGUCGCGUACUAUCACUCUUGGAAGAAGGGCGAUUUGCUGGUGGCUGAUAAUGUCUUGGCUAUGCACACGCGCAGUGAUUUCACGGCGGGGUGCGAGAGGGAGCUUUGGAGGAUACAUUUUGAUUAGGUAUAUACCUAUCUAGGUAGGUAAGUGUCGGAAGGUGUAGCUAAGGGGAGGUUGUAUUAGUAAUGAGAUGGGAAAAAAAAGCAUCGAGGUUAUUUUCUUUUAUCCUAUCCUGGAGGGUGUCUCCCAGGAGUUGUUGGAGUUGUGCGCGACAUCAUCUAUCAUGUAUCUAGGUUAGCUAAGUUCUUCAUUGCAAAUGUUACCAUAUCUUGCUUAAUCACUUCAAUGA